UUAUAUAUUUAUUUAAUUCCUUUAACAACAACAAUAUACAGAUACCUAGCUUCGGUUGGUGGAAGAAAACGUUGGAGACUAAUAAAAUAAAAAUGGCAACUGAUACUCCAGAGAGCGAUUUUUCAAUAGAAUGCUUUCAGAACUACUCAGCUCCCGAAGUAUUCGUACAAGGUUUGGCUGGAAUGGUUGAUCAAUCGGACGUCGAAACCAUUAUUCGGGCGCAGAAAAACAUGUUACAAAGAUUUGAGAAGACAACGGAAAUGCUAACAAAUUGCAAUCAGUUGUCUGCCAGCCGCCUCCGUGCAGCUUCAGUAGAAUUCAAAAAACACACCCAGCUACUGCUGGAAAUGAAGAAGGACCUGGAGUUCAUAUUUAAGAAGAUUCGCGCUAUCAAAAGCAAACUUAGCUCCCAGUAUCCAGAUGCCUACAAACAUGCUGUAGCAAUAUCAGUAGCUGACAAGAAGCCUAUUGAUGAAGAAGAUGAAGAUCUUAAGCCUACAGACUCAAAAUCUGAAUCUAAAAUGGUGGCAACUGUUUCCACUGAAACUUUGAAACCUACCACCAGUGAGGAUAAAAAGAAGGAAUGUAAAGACGAAACCCAUAAUAAUGUGGAGAAAGUUGUGGAGAAGAAGGCUAAGAAAGGUAGUAGUUCUUCAGAAACAGAAAGUGCGAGUUCUGGCGACGAUAGUAGCACGGACACUGGUUGAUGUGCUCAAUAGGUUACAAUGUAAUACUUUAAUUGUAUUGGUACAUUGCUUUAUUGCAAAGUUCUGGGACAAAGGCCCGGAAAAAUAUAAUGAUCUAUUAAACGUCUUAAUUUUAAAUCAAAAUUACAAGAACAUUCCUAAUGCCUUAGGAAAUCCCUAGUCUCUGCCUGCUUAUGGGAAACAGUGUGAUAUUAUUUAUCGCCAAAGGCACCUGACAAAGAAUUAGCAGUCCCAUGCAUUACUGUCUCAUAGAACCAUAAUAAGAUCCAUAUGGUGUUUUAGACAGCAGCAUUUAAAUGUUUAUAGUACAUUAUAUGAAGGAUGAUGUAUUUCAAAUCACUUUUCACUUUGUUGUAAAUAGAUAAUAUAUAACUUAAGAUUAAAACUGAAAUAUUAACAUGUAAAUAUUACAUAAUAAUCACAGUAUUUAUUCCUUAUCUGAUAAUAAAUGUACAAAACUUAACACUAUUUUACCCUACCUGAGAAUAUAUUAACAAUUUACAUGUAACAAGUAACAUGAAGAAAGAAUAGUAAAGCUUGAUGUAUAAAAAAUUCGGAUUGAUGUAUAAAAAAUAAAGAGGUAUUGUGGACAUGUAAA